CUAUGUUAAUUGUUGUCAUUUAUGCAUAUGGUUUUUACGUGGGUCAUGGUGGGCCUCGCUGACUCUGCCUACGGACCAAUGAGUCGUGGUGGGCCUCGCCAGCCCAAGCGGCCCAUGGUUGGCUCUCCAUCAGGACUUAUGGAUUAUACAUGAGGCCCCAAGAAGUUGAGGCCCUGUGCUGUGAGUCUGAUCAGCACAGGGCCUGGGCCGGGCCUGUAAUUAGGAAAACGGUAUACUGGAUAAUAUUCAGAAACUUACCGACGGUAAUAUGGUAUACCGAAAUACCGAAACAAUGUUGUCAGAGGUAAAACACAUAGGAUUUCCCAACCCUACCACUUAUUCACGCCUCGCCUCCUCCUGCUUGUCUUCACGCCGCGAGCUUCUAUGUUUCUCUCCCGAGUCCCAACUCUCUGUCUUCCUCUUCUCUUCACCAGCCACCAGCAUUCCACGAUGCAGAGAGGUACACCGCCAGCCGCCGCUGCUUGAACCUUGAAGCCUGUAAUGGUUGUGGUCGAAAGAAGGAUUGAUUAAGACAAUUGAGGUUGGGUACUGCUGGAUGGAGAAGGAAUUAAAGAAGUAGAAGAAGAAAGGAAGGAUUUAGAAGGCAGAAGAAGGGAAGAAGGAGAAGAACAGGGGAGAAGGAGAGUGUGAGCAGAAGACGGGAGGAAGGAGAAGAACAAGAAAGGAUUUCCAAAGGUGGCAGACGAAGAUUUUGGUGACGACAUUUCUUCUUCUUCUUCCCCAUUAUGAUUCCCGGGCAAAGCAGCUCUUAUUAUAAUAAUGUAAUUAAGGAAUUAAAUAUUAAGGAACAUGUCAAAAAAAUUACAAAACACAGCAACUCUCUUCGGUUUUCGGGAUACUGGAUACAUACCGGUUACCGACUAUCCGGUAUAUACCGACUGAGAAUCGAUAUCGGUAUUCGGCAGCCACUAUACCAGUACCCGGUAUACCGAAUACCGACUGAUUACCAGCCCUACCCAUCAGCACUCAGUAAGAGCUGGAGCUUUUACCAUUAAACCAAUAUUUAAAUCUUGCAAUCUAUCUACUGCAUAGGAAUAUUUUAAAAUGACAGGAGGCCAUGGCCCCAAAUCAGCGCGUUGCCUCCAACCUUGUUGCUAAAUUCGAUUGCACCAAUUUCUUCCGAUCGCUCCCCAACAUCAAAGCCGAUUCAAGAAGGCGAGUUGUUGGUUCCGUUGAAGGCUGAGCUGUUGGAUAUUGGCAAGGAGUAUGGAGAGAAAGAUUUGCGGCGACGAUAUGUUGGAGAUGAAUGGGCGGCGAGAAGUAGGCAACGGUAGGGACGACAAAGCUUAUUGGUUCUUGUUUCUGUGUGAGAUUGAAGGCGAGGGAGAUGAGAUUUAAGGGAUGGAGGGGAUCAAAGGUGCAGCGGAGAGUUGAAAGGUCAGCGGGAAUCGAUGGCGGGAGAAGGGAGGUGGUGCAGUGGAAGCAUAGACGAGAAUGGAUGUUAUUUUUUUAUUUCCUUUCGAGCAAUAAGGGUAAAGGGAGGCAAAGUCUCCGUCAGUGAAGGUGGAGGGCACAUCUGUAUUUUCCCACUAAUUUAGGGCGAUGAUUAGUAAAAAAGAGGGCGGCGAAUAGCAAAGCAUUAGCGAAAUUGGGUCCUCGUAAGUCGCAACCAGUGGAAUGAGAAGAAUGACGACCACCUCCCACUCCCCACCAUUUAUGACACUCUUCAAUUCUUAACACUCUUUGGAGCUCUCCCAUUUUUGGCUUUCUUACUUUUAAAUGGAGCUCACCUGCUCUACUUCGUCCUCUCUUUCUCUUAGAACUUCAGCUACAACCACUCAUUCCAAAGUUUCUUAUCAUCUUCAGACCAAGAUACCCAUCAAACCCAUUGCCAAAACCAAGUAUUUUCCGGACUUCCUCCUCCGGAGCUCAAAACUUUCCCUCCCAACAAGACUUGGUUCUCAAAAAAAUUGUUCUCAGCUGGUGGGCAGCAGGGUGCAGAGGAGUAAUUAUAUCUGGGAUGUUAUAAAUAGUGAGUUGUAGUGGGUGAUUCUUCUGGUUUCUUUCGAUGUUUGAGCGAUAUUGGUGAAUUUCCUGUAGCUCGAAAGUUUUCUUGGAUUUGUAUGUGCAUAGGAUUACUAGUCACCCAUGAAUUCCCGAGAAACGUCAAAAUUGAUUUGGUCGCUUAGAACUUCAAAAUUCGAGUGAAGGAAAAUGUUGUUGCUCAUUGUUGUCUUGUUUUAAGUUGCAUGGAUUCACCGGGUUUUGCCUUAAAUGAUCAGGGUUCAUAAGCAAAUUGACAAUCCUUCCAACGGAUUAAUAGUAUAUGAAUUUGUUGUUUCACUUGGAAAAUACUUUUCUGAACUGGUAUCUCUGGCACUUGAAGUUGCAAUACUUGUAGUUUUAAGCGAUUGUGAGGAAAAUCUGUAAAGUGAAGGCAACCCAACCUGUGAGGGACUAGAAAGAUGUUGUUAACUGGUUGGUCCUCCCGCCCCAUCGUGUUAUGAUGAAUUCGGAUUAGCUGCUAGAGACUGGUAGUUAUCAUUGUCAUGAUAUAGUGUAAGAUAACAUGCUUGAAAUCUCCAUGACACAUGGCCCAUGUAAUGCGAAUCUGGGUUCUAUCAGGCCUGUAGUCAAGCUGGAGCUGCUUAUUCUGAGCCUGUGGUGGCCACAUUUUCAACUUUCAAAGAUGCAUGUUGGAGAUUUCUGAGUCCCCAACUCUACGUGGAACAACUUUAGGGUCCACGUAAUUAAUAAUAUCAUGUAAUUUAGACUUAUGCAAUUGUCACCAGCUACUCAUGCAUGUUAUGCUGAUUGUUCAUAUAUAUAUAUAUAAAGCUGAAGUAAGUUUACUGUUGCAUAAAAACAUACUUUUUGAUACUCCAAAUUUAAUUAAAUCACAACUUAAACACUAUAAUUUACAUUUUGCAUUUUGAUACCUCAAAUUUAAUUUUAAUGUAAAUUCAUCGAACAAUUAUAUUUUUUAAUCUACUUUUUAUAAUAUUUUCGUACCUACAAUUUUUUAAAUGUACAUCUUGGUCCAAUGUUUAGAUUUCACUUGAAUCCAUGAAUCCAUGGAUAUCCAUACCCAACUCAUACACAUUUAGAUUAUGGAAGUGAAUAUCCAUAUCCUACCCAAACCCUUCUACAAACUUCCAAACCCACAUAUACGUCACCCAUACCCUACCCAUAAUCAAUGGGUCACUGGGUUUAGGUAUAUAUCAUUUACUUUCCAAAAUUUUCAAAAUUGGAUGUUGACCGCUAUAUAUCUAUUCUCAGUCAAGAUCAUAUUAUCAAGUCAAUAUUACUAACAAACUUGCUAAAAAAAUUAGGGUUAGACGACUAAUAAUACUAACAAAACACCAUAACGGGCAACAUAAUACAUGCCAAUAAGCCAUCUCCGUCCCGCGACAAGGCACGACAUCGCCACCUAGUAUAAUAUAUAUAAACUUGAAUCAAUUUUACUGUUCACUAAGAAUAAUGUUCUUAUAUUGUAGUCAUUAAGCUAAUUCACUUUGUUUGGGCUUGGUCAUUUCAGUUAAUUUAGUUUGUUUGAGCUUGGUUUCAUGGGCUCCUAAACUUUUGAUUAGUUUCUCUUACGAUGUCUUGAUUUGAGAUAGAUUUCAAAAACAUCUAAAGGGGCCAAAAGAUCAACAAAAUAAGCCCAUGAUGCCUAUUAUUUUCAGCGAUUGGCUCCAUUCUAUUGUUAAGUGUAACUUUAUCCCACAUUGAAAUCUAGCUGAUUACUUAUCUUCAUCGCUAUUCACUUGCUAUUUGGCAGAAGAUUACAAUUCGAUAACCGACCAAAAGUGGCUAGGUGAGAAACAAAGAUGGAUUCUUGGGGAAUUUUUACCUCGAUUAACCUCAAAUCUUCUUCAUCAAUAGCCAAUCACAGGAUUGAUAUUUUGAUAAUGUAGAAAUUCAGACAGAAAGAAACCAACUCAGCUCUAAACUUGGUUCCCACUACGAGUAGUUGUAACAUCACUGCUUCUAGUAUGGUGAACGAGUCGGUCUCUUGAGAUUUGAAAGGCUGAUUCACUUAUUAAAGCGACUGAGUGGGCAAAGAAAUAGAAGAACAAAAAUCGAAUAUAUGAGAAUAUGAAAUUGAGCGGUGGAAUUUAAUGUGAGAGACCGAGAGAGGCAACAAAGUUCUAGAAUGAUAGGGAAUUAGUGACUCAGGGGGGAAAACGACUGAAAAGGUAAUCAUAUGCAUCGAACAUAUUGAAAAGGGUUUUUUUCUCUGUCAUCAAUUCGUACUCUCCAUGGAGGAUUCUCCUCAAUUGUAAUGAAUACCAAAAAAGUAUAUGUACAAGUUGAAGUUGUACCAUAACUUUAAAAGCACAAUUUCAAGUUGUAUCAUAUUGGAAAAAAACUAUAGCACCAAUAUUUUAAAGUAUUGUACAAUUACUCAAUAAAAAGCAUAAUGGAUACGUAUGUGGAAGGAAGAGUGGCGAAAUUAAAAAUUUAAAGGGAAAGAAAAGAAUUUUGUUAAUGUGUUAUUGGCAUAUUGUGUAUUUAUCUAUAACACUCAUUUUUAUAAUAAUUUCCUGUAAUAAGUAAUAAGCUCCGGGCUUUAAUUUUGCUCAUAUGGACUGCUAGCCCGCUACAAAGUGCGGUGGUCUUGUAGUUACUAUAUUAUUAUUUCAUGUGUUGCUUUGGUGGCAAGAGUAUUGAUCGAGAACCCAGAGCUUAACAAAUGGUCUCUUGUGUUUAAGGCCUUUUCUGGCCUUUUUUGCUCUACUGUGUGGAAACGGGUACAUAGUUGGCAUAAAUCAAAUCUAUGACAUUGGAAUAGACAAGUAUGGGCAUUGGCGUAGCCAGAGAAAUAUUUUAGUGGGGUCCAAGAACUAUAUGAAAAUUAAAACCACAGAACUCAUUAAACAUAACUCAAGAUAUAGUGUAAUGGUGCAGCUGGUAGUGCUGACCAUUUGGUCCGUGCAUUUUGGUUUUACCCGAAACCGGACCGUAUAACUCUGACCGGGAUCGGACCGGAUAGCAAACAAUCCAAUUUCAUAUUCGGGUUUAGAUUUGAGGUAAAAAAUCGUUCGGGACCGGACCAAAACCGGAUAUGAGAGCCCAACACCCAAAACUCCACUAAAAUCUCCACAAUCUCAAUCUAAAAUCAAGACUGAAUUGGGAC